AGCUAUGCAGCCCCCGGUUCUCAUCAAUCGCUUCAUGAUCAACCUCCGGAUGGCGGGCUCUGAAGUGUCGAACUACACUAUGCACAGUGGUGAUCAGCAACAUCAGUCGACACUGCAGUUCGGAAGGACAACGGAUCGGUUGGGCAAUAUUGCGGGAGUGCUGCAGGAUGGUUGGAGCGAUGAGCUCUAUGACGAAGAGAUUGACACUGCGGCAGUGGACGACAGCGCAGAAGUGGACGAGGAAGAAAGUUAUGAGACGGGUGCCUAGGUAUGAGCUAGUGUUCGAAAUUGUACCAUACCGCGUGGGUCCCGGCCUGCGCUCGCAAAUAUGUCUGGAUAGAACGGCCUAUUCGCAAUUUAUAAACGCAAGAAAUAUCAUACUCUACUCGAGAAUUUCACUCGCAAACCGGCCGUUCAUAAUCUCUCCGCCGCCGCCGCCGCCACAUGGCCUAACUUCAGGCCUUGAACGGCGAGCUCUUUUUCGCCCCCUGCUUGAGCCGUGCGGAUAAAGCUGUUCAAAGAGAGGUGUG